UUGCAUGUUUGCAGUUCGGUGAAUCCCCCCCCCUUUUUUUACCCCUAGCCCCCCCCCCCCCCCAAACUCCUCUCAAUCUCAGCCCAGCAGCUCACAUCAAAGCGCCCUUCCUCACUCACAGUGGCCGCCACUCACUAAUGGGAUUGCAGUGUGCCUGGCUCUGCUGCUGCAGCCGCCGAAGGGAGAGUCGCUGCUGCUGCACCUCUUUGCCGAGACUCGCUGGGUGCUGAAGCCGCGGGGAUGAUCAGGAUCUUCCCGGAUUUCAGCGUGCAGGUGACGGCGGCGGCGGCCGGCGGGGCGGCCGGGGGGGUGCCGGCGGCGCCGGGCAUGGGGCGAGCCGGCGCCGCGGCCAACGGCAACCCGCAAAACGUCCAGGGCAUCACCUCCUACCAACAACGAAUAACUGUCCAGCAUCCUCUGCCCAACCAAACAGAAUGUAGGAAAAUCUACCGAUAUGACGGAAUCUACUGUGAAUCUACCUACCAGAACUUACAAGCCUUGAGGAAGGAAAAGUCCCGAGAUGCUGCUCGCUCUCGUCGGGGAAAGGAGAAUUUUGAAUUCUAUGAGUUGGCAAAGUUGUUGCCACUGCCUGCAGCCAUUACCAGCCAGCUUGACAAGGCAUCCAUCAUUCGACUUACAAUUAGCUAUCUGAAAAUGAGGGACUUUGCUAAUCAAGGCGAUCCUCCAUGGAACUUGAGAAUGGAAGGACCUCCACCUAACACAUCAGUAAAAGCACAGGUGGAGUUCGCCACGGGGCUGCUCUUGGAUAUUCUCCUGCGUAUGUUUCGGGCCACGGACAUGAGGACUGUUAUAGGUGCCCAGCGCAGGAGAAGUCCCAGUGCACUUGCCAUUGAAGUAUUUGAAUCACAUUUGGGAAGUCAUAUUUUGCAGUCCCUGGAUGGAUUUGUAUUUGCACUAAAUCAAGAAGGAAAAUUUUUGUACAUUUCAGAAACUGUCUCCAUCUAUUUAGGCCUGUCCCAAGUGGAACUGACAGGCAGCAGUGUGUUUGACUACGUCCACCCAGGAGACCAUGUGGAGAUGGCAGAGCAGCUGGGCAUGAAGCUUCCCCCGGGGCGAGGCCUUCUCUCGCAGGGUACAGCAGAGGAUGGAGCCAGCUCAGCAUCCUCAUCUUCCCAGUCCGAGACCCCUGAGCCAGUGGAAUCUACAAGCCCCAGUUUACUAACCACUGACAACACUCUAGAGCGCUCUUUUUUCAUCCGGAUGAAAUCUACUCUGACCAAGCGAGGAGUGCAUAUCAAAUCGUCAGGAUACAAGGUGAUUCAUAUAACAGGCCGGUUACGACUGAGAGUGUCACUGUCCCACGGACGGACGGUGCCCAGCCAAAUCAUGGGACUUGUUGUCGUUGCUCAUGCUUUGCCACCUCCUACAAUUAACGAAGUCAGGAUUGACUGCCACAUGUUUGUCACUCGCGUGAACAUGGACCUCAACAUCAUUUACUGUGAAAACAGGAUUAGUGAUUACAUGGAUCUGACCCCUGUAGAUAUCGUAGGAAAGAGAUGUUACCACUUUAUUCAUGCUGAAGAUGUGGAAGGCAUCAGACAUAGUCACUUAGACUUGCUGAAUAAGGGUCAAUGCGUAACAAAGUAUUACCGCUGGAUGCAGAAGAACGGAGGUUACAUCUGGAUACAGUCUAGUGCAACCAUAGCUGUCAAUGCCAAGAAUGCGAGUGAGAAGAACAUCAUCUGGGUCAACUACCUUCUUAGUAACCCAGAGUACAAGGACACUCCAAUGGAUAUUGCACAACUUCCUCAUCUGCCAGAGAAAACCUCAGAAUCCUCAGAGACCUCUGACUCUGAGUCUGACUCAAAGGACAACUCAGAGGACAAUGAGAACUCAAAGUCAGAUGAGAAAGGAAACCAGUCAGAAAACAGCGAAGACCCCGAAUCUGACAGGAAGAAGUCAGGAAAUCAGUCGGAUAAUGAAAUGAACUGUAAUGAUGAUGGGAACAGCUCCAGCAACCAGGACAGCAGAGACAGUGACGAUAGCUUUGAAAACUCUGACUUCGAGAAUCAAAAGGCCCCUGAGGACAGUUUUGGCACUCUUGGCUCUAUGCAGAUCAAGGUGGAGCGCUAUGUUGAGAGUGAGUCAGACUUGCGGUUGCAGAACUGUGAAUCGCUGACCUCAGACAGUGCCAAGGACUCAGACAGUGCAGGGGAAGUAAAUGCUCAGUCUUCCAGCAAACAUCAGAAGAGGAAGAAGAGGAGGAAAAAGCAAAAGGGAGGCAGCAUGAUCCGGAGAAGGCUAUCAAGCACCUCAAGUCCGAAUGGACUUGACUCGUCUUUGGUGGACCAGCCACAGCUGCUCUCGUCACCAAACAGUGCCUCAGUGCUCAAAAUUAAAACAGAAAUCUCAGAACCUAUCAAUUUUGAUAACGAUAGCAGUAUUUGGAAUUACCCACCCAACAGGGAAAUCUCAAGGAAUGAAUCACCUUACAGUAUGACCAAGCCCCCCAGCUCCGAGCACUUCCCUUCCCCACAAGCCAGCAGUAGUUUACAUGUCUCCAUUCCAGACUCUGUUCUUACCCCACCAGGGACUGAAAAUACUGCCAGCCGUAAAACUCAGUUCAGCACCUCAUCCAGCUCAGCCUUGGCUCCUGUGUCCUCUGACCCUUUGUCACCCCCGCUUUCGGCAUCUCCACGGGACAAACAUCCAGGAGGUCCCACAACUUCCAACUCUUUGUUGUACACUGGGGACCUGGAAGCCCUUCAGAGGUUACAAGCAGGCAAUGUGGUGCUUCCUUUGGUUCACAGGGUAACGGGAACCCUUGCUGCGACCAGCACUGCUGCUCAGAGGGUCUACACCACUGGCACUAUUCGGUAUGCUCCGGCCGAAGUUACUUUAGCCAUGCAGGGCAACCUUCUCCCCAACACCCACGCUGUUAACUUUGUUGAUGUUAACAGCCCCAGCUUUGGGCUGGAUCCUAAAACACCAAUGGAAAUGCUCUACCACCACGUUCACCGACUGAACAUGUCGGGACCGUUUGGAAGUGCUGUGAGCGGGGCCAGCCUGACCCAAAUGCCUGCAGGGAAUGUGUUCACAACUGCCGAAGGACUGUUUUCCACUCUUCCAUUUCCUGUGUACAGCAAUGGCAUCCACACUACACAGACUCUGGAACGGAAGGAGGAUUGAAAUAUGACCACAUACUGUGUUCAGUGUUAUACUCUGAGGCAUAGACUGUGUUUUAAUUUAGACCUUUAAUUCUAGCACUUUGAAUUUGAGCAGGUCAGCUUAUUCUCUCAAUAUGAUGGUCCCCAUUUCAUCCCCUUUCUCUUUAACUUGACUUAUUCUUUAAUGUAAAGAUAUUUUUUUAUUUUUGCCUUCAGAGAGUCGAAGUACCAGUUGCCUGCCAUUUUGUCUUCUUCUGAGAUGUGUGUUUUUUCCUUUGCAUCUUUGUUAAGAUGCCUUUAAUAUGUGUAUGCCUCUGCCAUAGAAUACUCAGUGUUGUGGUAAAGAGAUUUUAAAGUGACAACCAUUGGUUUUACUUCAAAAUGAUCUUGAUAUGAUCAAGAUUAAAAGAGACAAGCAUAAACAAUGUGCCCUGUUUGACUAAGUCAAAUGAAAAGGGGUUUUUGUUCUGAAUUCCUUUAAAUAGGGGAUAGUAUUUUAGAAUUUUAUGCAGAGUUUAAUUCUCUUUUUAUGGUUAAAAUUUUCUUACUUGCACAUAAAAUAAUUUGGGUUCUUAAAAAGUUAAUUUCUGGCCUGUGACUAGAAUGUUAAAAAAAAAGAAAAAAAGUUGGACUAAAUGUUAAUUACUGAAACUUUAACUUAAUUUCUAAAACCAUGGUGCUAUCAUUUUUUAAUCUGUAAUGUCUUCAUACAAUAUGCAGCUUGUGGGCUGGGUUUUUUGGAAAGAAUGUGUUCCGUACCGGUUUAUAGUCAGGUGCUGCAGUCUCCUUGGUUAGUUAAGACAAAAGCCCUCAUUAACAUUUUGCUGCAGGACUUAAAAAUUUUUUUACCUCCAAACUAACAAAGCAUAGCCUCACAUCAAUUUUAAAUGGGUCAGGAAGCCUUUUUUUUUUUUUUUUUUCAAAAAGUGCUUUUAAAAAAAAAAAAAAAAGAAAAUCGACAAAAAAAACCCCAAACCAACAAAAUACAAUUUAAUUGACGUGAGGAGCAGUUUCUUAGGUGCAUAUUGUUUUGCUUUACUUUUUUUCUCAGUGUGACUGAGGCUAAUUUUGCAACAGCAAAUAACACUUCAGAGUUAAAAAAAAAAAAAAGAAAAAAAAGAGGGAAAAAUAAAUAAGUAAAAACAAAAACAAAACCAGAAGAACUAUUUAACAUAUUUUGUUUUGUUUGUUUGUUUGUUUCAUUUAAUAUUAUAGAGGGAAGGUUGUACAUUUCUUUUUGUUCUUUGAGUUGGGUAUUUGUUUGUUUGUUUUACCUUAUUUCUAGUGUUGAAACCAAUAUGUUUUAAAACUAAAAAAUGGGUUAAUAAGCUUGAAAUAGAUAACUACAACUGAAAACUGCACAUUAAGUAAAAGAAAGGAAAUCUCCUAUUUUGUCUUUGUUGCCAGAAAUCACAGUGUAGUGUCAAACACUCCAAAUGACUGUCAAAUAUAAAUUCUUCUUCCACUCCAUCUUUGGCAGCUGUUUGUUAAGGCAUCUAAUAACAGAUGUGAGAACUGUAAUGUGUACAAUGUGUAAGUGUCCUUGGCUGUCAGUCCCAUUGCAGUUUCAAUGUGUGUUACUAUAUGCAGUAUAUACUAAGCUAAUGUAGUUGUUUUGUCCUUUGUCUUCUCUGUGCUUUAUCUCUAGUCUGGAGUGGUAAAGUCCCAUUCCUGCAGUCCUAGUGAACCAGUGAUUCUUGGGGGUUAGUGGUUUUUGUGUGGUGGCCUUCCUCUGUAAUGUCACCUUAUGCUGCUUCCACUGUCUGUAUACCUUUUAAUUUCUGCUGUUGCUUUGCUGUUGUGUAUUCUCAAACCUCUCUCUCCCCCUUCGCCUCCACGCUUUUCCCUCCUCUCUCUCUUUCACUCUCUUGUUCUCUCUUCUUCACUCUCAGAGAUAAAAGACUCUUAACUAGCUCAAGGUUAAUGGAGCCAUUUUUCCCACAGAGGAAUUCUGGGUAUGACUUACUCUUCCAGUGUACCCCACAAUGCACUACAGAGUAAUGCUCAGCUCUAUUAAAGCAAAUUGAUGCCAUAUAGCCUCGGUUGUUAACAUUCCCAGAGUCCCUUGUGCUCAAACUGGAAGCAGAGGGUGCAUUUCUUUGGUUUUUCUCCCGGGUAGGCUGGCAAAGUACUAUGUAGAGCAAUGACCAGUGAGAUAGGAAAUGGUUUUAAAAGGUUAACCAGCAUUGUUUCAGAGAAGGAAACUGAGGUUAGACUUGUCAUCUAUAUUUGCUUCCAUGUGCAAAUGCUAAUGUGUUAACUCAGCUGCCCUUUGAAUCUUUGAUCGCUCGCUGCCUUCAGUCAGUUCCUGCAGUAGCUUUGAAUUUGAGAAGUAGGUCCAAGCAACAGAGGAAAAGAAACCAAAAAGGAAUUGGAUGCCACAAAUUUAAUUAACGAGCUUCUAAAGGUUCCACUGGAAGGAUUUAAGUAGGUCUAAAAAGGGCGAGGAAGCCGAUUGGGAAAUUCAAAGUUUAAUUUCGGAGGCUCUACUCUAGCUAUGGAACAAUCAAAGGAGUGCACCUCUCAGCUACAAAAAAAAAAAAAAAAACCAAACAGCUAGACAGCUGUUGUUGUUUUGGGUUUUUUUUUUUUUUAUAAAUGUUUCUGUGUUGUGUCAAAAUGAUUUCUGGUGAUUUAAACUAACAGAUAAUCACAGCUGCUGUCUAAAUCCAUAGUGUUUAAAACUACAAAAUGAAAAAAAAAAAAAUUCAUUACCUGUGAAGACUGUGUCUGUGUUUUUAACUAUUUCUUGUACAAAUAUAUGAAAUCUUUUAUGAGGAGACUGGUGCCAAGUAGCUGAAUAAUGGGGGAAAGGGAUUCUGUUCGUAUAAAUCUUAGCAGUGUUACCAACUCUACAAUAUUAAAAAAAAAAAUUAAAAUGUUAAAAAGUGACAGCUAUGGUACAUUUAUUUUGUGUUAAGCUAACCCAAUCUAACUUCUUGAGUGCCUGGCUUAUUUGAAACAUUUUUUUUCAUUGAUCAUUGAUAAUGCUGCAAAUCAGAAAUGUACAUACUUCAUUUACAACAGGGUUCUUUUUAUACUUUUGUAGAUUCUCAUACAUGUCAUACAUGGUUGUCUUUAUGUAACUUAAUUUUUUUUCAUCCCGCAGGUGCCAUUUUCAUAAUAAACUUCUCUUGGAUUUGUUACUA